CACCUGAUCACAUGAUCACAUGAUCACCUGAUGCUGCUGUGUGAGUGCACGCACUGUGUUUGUGUGUUUAUCUCUUCAAGUGAUAACCUCAGGUGUGUUCUGCAGAAAAUCAACCCACAGCUGGACGAGUUUUUCCAGACUCUGAGGAGGAAGGUGAAGAUCGGCAUCGUGGGGGGGUCGGACUACUCCAAAAUAGCAGAGCAGCUCGGGGAAGGGGACGACGUGAUACACAAGUUUGACUACGUGUUUGCAGAGAACGGGACCGUGCAGUACAAAGACGGGAAGCUGCUCUCAAAGCACGCGAUUCAGAACCAGAUCGGGGAGGAGCUUCUGCAAGAGCUCAUCAACUUCUGUCUCAGUUACAUGGGACUCAUCAAGCUGCCGAAGAAAAGGGGGACCUUCAUCGAGUUCAGGAACGGCAUGCUGAACAUCUCUCCCAUUGGUCGGAGCUGUACACGAGAGGAGCGAAUCGAAUUCUCUGAAAUCGACAAGAGGGAGAAGAUCCGGGAGAAGUUUGUUGCUGCUCUGAAGGAGGAGUUCUCUGGGAGAGGUUUACGCUUCACUCGAGGUGAGAAGCUUCAGGCUGCA